AUGACUGUCGAGAUCCAAAACGGCGUUAGCGCCUCUUCCGCGUUGCCUCUGGUGCACAAGCUCUCCAAGGACCAUGAUCUGGUGCUGAAGACCUUCCGUCUGCUCAUCGCAGAUCUUUGCCAGCAGUUCAAUGGCGGACACCCUGGUGGCGCCAUUGGUAUGGCUGCAAUUGGUGUUUCGCUGUGGAAAUACGUGAUGCGCUAUGCACCCCACUCCCCGGGCUUUUUUAACCGGGACCGAUUCGUUCUGUCAAACGGCCACACAUGUCUUUUCCAAUAUUCAUUCCUCCACCUUACUGGCUACAAGGCUAUGACCUUUGAGCAGCUCAAGUCAUACCACUCAGAUCGCGUUGACGCGCUGUGUCCAGGCCACCCAGAAAUUGAACAUGAAGGCAUUGAAGUCACUACUGGACCCCUAGGCCAGGGUAUCGCAAACGCGGUGGGUCUGGCUAUGGCAACAAAGAACCUGGCGGCCACCUACAACCGCCCCGGAUUUGACGUGGUGAACAACCACACUUGGUGUAUGAUUGGUGACGCCUGUCUGCAGGAGGGUGUCGGCCUGGAAGCCAUCUCAUUGGCCGGACACUUUCGUCUGAACAACCUCACCGUCAUCUAUGAUAACAACCAGAUCACUUGCGAUGGAUCCGUCGAUCUCACCAACACCGAAGAUGUGAACGCCAAGAUGCGUGCAUGUGGAUGGAACGUGAUUGAGGUCUCCGACGGCUGCUUUGAUAUCGAGGGCAUCGUCCGUGCUUUGGAGGAGGCUCGCUCAUCCAAGGACAAGCCCACCUUCAUCAACAUUAAGACUGUUAUUGGCUUGGAUAGCAGUGUGGCUGGAACCGCGGUUGCCCACGGUGCCGCCUUCGGUGCCAAGAGCAUCGUGGAUAUGAAAACUGCAUAUGGAUUCAACCCGGAGGAGCACUUCGUCAUUGGGGACACUGUUCGCAAAUUCUUCCAGGGACUUCCCGAGCGUGGCGAGCAGUGGGUCCAGGAAUGGGACCAGCUGGUGAGCGAAUAUACCAGCAAAUAUCCCGAGCUGGGAGCCAACUUCCAAGCUCGUGUUCGCGGCGAGCUUCCCGCGAACUGGCAGGACAACAUCCCCGCCAGCUUCCCAGACAAGCCCACAGCCACCCGAGCCGCGUCUGGGUUGGUGUUCAACCCAAUUGCUAAGGAGGUCAACUCCUUCAUGGUUGGAACAGCAGACCUUUCACCGUCAGUUAACAUGAUCUGGCCUGGAAAGGUGGACUUCCAGCAUCCCGAUCUCCGUACCACAUGUGGGAUCAACGGUGAUUAUUCAGGUCGCUAUAUCCACUACGGUGUACGCGAGCAUGCAAUGGCUGCCAUCUCCAACGGCUUGGCUGCCUAUUCCCCCAACACAAUCAUUCCAGUGACCUCCACCUUCUUCAUGUUCUACCUAUACGCUGCUCCUGCUGUCCGAAUGGGCGCACUCCAGCACCUGCAGAUCAUUCACGUUGCCACACAUGACUCCAUUGGUAUGGGCGAGGAUGGUCCCACUCACCAGCCGAUUGAGCUGGCUAAUCUAUACCGUGCAAUGCCGAACCUGUUGUAUAUCCGCCCUGGUGAUAGCGAAGAAACAGCCGGUGCCUGGAUCGCUGCCAUCGGUGCCAAGAACAACCCCAGUAUCAUCUCUACCUCUCGCCAGACUCUACCCCAGCUUGCUCAAACCCGCCGGGAUAGCGUGGCGCUUGGUGCAUAUGUCCUGUCGGAAGCGGAAUCAGCUACCGUGACUCUGAUCGGCGUUGGAGCCGAGCUUUCGUUUGCAUUGGAGGUUGCCGCCCAGCUCAAGACCCAGAAAGGAAUCACUGCACGUGUGGUCAGCUUCCCCUGUCAGCGCCUGUUUGAGAAGCAGUCUUUGAAGUAUAAGCGCGAUACUCUGCAGCGACACCGUGGUAUUCCUGCUGUGGUGAUUGAGCCCUACGCCCCCAACGGAUGGGAGCGGUACGCGGAUGCGGGUAUCUGCGUGACUCGCUUCGGCCACAGCCUUCCGGGCAAGGCUGCAUACAAAUUCUUCGGGUUUGAGAUUGAUACGCUGACCAGCAAGGUGGCCAACUAUCUUCAGCAGAUCCAGGAAGAUGAGUUCCUCCGCGGCGAGUUUGUCGAACUAUGA